AUGUCAAAAUCAAAAGUGGAUCCAACUGGAUUCCAAUCGGGUGUGAUUGACUCACCUAAUCCUGUUGGAAUUUGGCAAGGUCCUCCUCAUCCAUCAUCAUUACCUCCGCUUCCACCUCAUCAUCAUCAUCAGCAUCCAGGACGUUUUCCAAUUAUGCCACCACGCGAAUUACAUUUUCCACCUCAACAUAUGCGACAAUUUCGACCAUCAUUACCUCCGCCAUCUUCACCGGAAUAUCGUAUCUAUGAUUUAAAUAAACGUUUAUUAAUGAGAACAGAAGAAUCUGAUAAUCAUUGGUGGGAUUCAUUUGUAAAUGAAUUUUUUGAAGAAGAUGCAACAAUAACAAUAUCAAUAUGUUUAGAAGAUGGACCGAAACGAUUUCACGUUGGACGUGGUUUAAUUCCUCGGUUUUUCCGUAUGUUAUUUGAUGGUGGUGUUAGUGAAGUUUAUUUUUUAUUAAAACAAACAAAAGAAAUAUUUCAUAAUACAACUCUAUCAAUUGAUUGUGAACAAGGAUCAUUAAUUACUUGUUUUGGAAAACCAUCACAUAUCAAAGUUUGUACUGAAGGACAUUUUAAUAUUGAAUUUACGUUUGAUGAUUUAAUGCGUAUUAAAUCUUGGCAUUUUUCUAUAAAACAACAUCGAGAAUUAAUUCCAAGAAGUGUUGUUGCCAUACCAAAUGAUAGUCCAACUUAUCUUGAUCAAUUAUCAAAAAAUUUCACUCGUCAUGGUCUAACAUUAUCAAUGUUAAAUUUUCUUCGAUUAUGUGAAAUUCUUGAGCCAAUGCAAGAAAUAAUGUCUCGCCAUAAAACGACAUCAUUUUCUCCACGUGAUUGUUUAAAAACAAUUUUACAUCAACGUUGGUCAAAAACUUGUUCAGAUACUCGACCACCGGCAAAAACUAGACGAAAACGAAAAAAUACUGUAGGAAAUAAUAAUAAUUUACCACCUACUAAAGAUACUCCAAUGACAAAUUGUACAACACCAACAAAAAAACGAUCACCUGCAAAUAAUAUCUAUUCUCAACCUUCAACACAAGGAAUGAAUAACAUGCCAGGGGAUGUGAUGAUUGUUGGUGAACCAUCAUUAAUGGGUGGUGAAAUGGAUGAUGAAGAUGAACGUUAUAUAACUCGACUUGAAAAUACACAAUAUGAUCCGAAUAGUAUCUCAACACAAUAUCAUUCUCCAAAUCAUCAAAUGACACAAGGAUAUCAACAAAAUCCAAAUCUUCAAUCAUUACUUCAUCCUAAACAACAAUUUUUACCUAAUUCAAAUCAAAUUUUAAAUCCAAAUCAAAUUAAACGAGAACAAAUAUCAUUUCCUGGAUCACCCCAACAACAACAAUUGCCAUCUAUGUUUUCAAAUAAUCCUCCGACACCAAAUGGUAUCAAUACAUCACUUAAUGGUGAAUUAUCAACAGUAGGAAAAAGAAUUUCAACUACAAAUAUUAAUUCUUCCAGUUCGCCGCAGACACCUUCAGCAAAUAAUUAUAAUCAGAAUUCUGUAACUCCUUCGACAAUGAAUAUUCCAAAUCCAUCAUUAAAUACUUCUUGGAAUAAUUCAUCUUCAUCUACAAUUAAUCCAGAUAUAGCAGAAAAAAAACAAGAACCUCAUACUCCACCAGUCACACCACAACAUACAAUAGCAACAGCCUCAUGA